UCCUUUAACAGUGAAUGCAAAAAAACAAUUUGGAUAAAUUUCACAGGACAAGCUGACAGUUGUCCAAAGGUUGCCAUUCAACCUUUGGCAAUUCCUGAUACUUUGGACAAGCAUUUUAAAGUGAUAUUAAAAGGGAAUCUUGGCAAUGUACCCAGAGAAAAGGGAGAGUGUAUGAUGAGGAACACCAAGACGAAUGAGAUUAUUUGCCAUGCCAAUUACAGCACUUAUUGCCUCUGCCGUCUGCCCAGCAAGACCUACCUUCAGCUCAGCAAUCAGAUAGACCCAUUCGUAGAGGCAUCUUUUCAAUUAACGUCCCUGAACAUCACCACCAAGCUGCAUAAUUGUUUUAACAGUCAUGCCUCCCGCAGUAACACUCCAUGUUCCAAUUGUGUUAAUUCUGGAUGUUACUGGUGGGCGACAGAGCAAAAGUGCUCUCUAUUUCCUAAUCAAAGUAAAACGCAGGCCUGCCCUCGUGUUACUCGCGCAGAACAAUCUACAGAGUUAGACCUUCACAUUUACCUGAAAGAUGCUGAAACUCUCGAAAAAUCUAACCUGAGCUGUGUAUAUAAUGGGAAAGACAAAUUGACAACAACAGCCUUCUGGAUUAACAAAUCUGCCAUCACAUGCCGCAGGCCCAAGUUUGAUGAUGAACGAAGGAUAAUUCCUGUGAACCUUAUCCAUACUAAUGAUGCCAAAAAUAUUAUUGACAAUCCAAACAGUAUCACAGUUUAUAGUUGUGAUGACCGGAAGCCAGACUGUGUUUUCUGUACGCCACAAAAAAAUUGCACGGAUUCGAUCGUUACGUCUAUAAAUCCAGACCGCGUGGCCUCAUCAGAGAGGAACACAUUGAGCAUUGUUGGGGAAAGGCUAAAUGUUGGAUCGAGAGCUUCACUGCAGAUCCAUGGGAUGGCUGACCACAGUGCAGACAUAUCAAACGAUUGCACGAUUGUGAACAGCACUUUGGUGAAAUGUGUAUUACCAAAGACAAUCCAUGGCAAGAAAACUGUGUGCUUGUUAUAUGAUUCUGAAGAGGACUGUGCGGCCAACAGAACUGCUUUCCUGGAGUAUGUCACCAACAUCCGUGUGACUGAGAUUCACCCAGCAGUAUCCUGGCUUGAUGGAGGACGAAGAAUGACAAUAAGCGGCAGAAAUUUUGAUGUGGUUAAACAGAUGCAGAUAUCAUUAUCUGAAGGUCGCAGGUCAUGGAUUAAUUGUUCAGCUGAUCAAGGGAACUGGACCUGUGAAUCUCCAUUUAUGCAAAAUAGGAUUCCAGGCAACUACUCUGUAUUUUUUCGCCUCUGUGGAUCUGAGCAGCAAGUCAAUAUGAUAUACCACGAGAAUCCUAUAUUUUACAACUUCACAGAGGUUAUUGACGAAAAACAACUCCUGAUAACAGUGAUGCGCAAGAAAGAUAGUUUAAAUCUUUCUAAAAGUGACGUUAAGAUCUUCGUUCUCAGGAGUGCAGACGGUCCGUUGGAAUGUAACAUUACAGAAAUGAUGGACGACAAAAUAAAAUGUGUAUUAAACACAAAUGACAUUUCAAUAUCAGAAUUAGAGGUGAGAAUUGGACAAUACAGUAGUAAACUAAUUCCUUCACCUACCAACAAAACCAUUCUCUUUGGAUUAUUUGUGAUCCCUGUUAUGCUGGUGAUUUUCAUUGUCAUAUAUUUUUGGGCAUCACGUCAGAAAGACAAGCAAUUCUCUAAAAAACUGGAUUGCCAAAUGGAGCUCUUGGAAAGUCAAUUCCGGACACAAAUUCGAGAAGGUUUCGUUGAGCUGCAGACUGAGGGAUCAGAUGUGUGCCUGCUGAGGGAUUAUAACAGUAUCCCAUUCUUGGAUUAUAAGCAUUUUGCAACAAGAACAUUCUUUCCUGAGUCGUCAAAUGAAUCAAGUGAAACAAGCUUCGUCAAGGAUCUGAUCGUCACAAUGCCUCAGCGUGCACAGGAACAAGGUGACCUGAAUCAAGGAUUUAAUGCUUUGUACAAUUUCUUGAACAAUGAACGGUUCCUUGUGAUCUCAAUACAUGUUCUUGAGCAACAGAAGGAUUUCACCAUUAAAGACCGGUGUCGGUUUGCUUCGUUUCUCACUAUCGCAUUUCACAGUAACUUGGUUCACCUGACCAACGUGCUUGAUCAUCUCCUCAAAGACUUGAUGGAUCGAUCAUCUGCGCAACCAAAGCUGCUGUUACGCGGCACAGAGACGGUGGUGGAGAAGCUGCUGACAAACUGGGUGUCACUUUGCAUGUACGGCUUUCUGAGGGAGUCUGUUGGAGAGCCAUUGUUUAAGCUUGUAUCUGCAAUCAAGCAGCGGAUUAACCUUGGUCCAGUGGAUGCCAUCAGUGGGAAAGCACUCUACACACUCAAUGAAGACUGGUUACUGUGGCAGAUUACUGACUUUAAACCUCUGAAAUUGGACGUUACAUUUCAACUGAAUACUGACGCUGACGUAGAACGCGAUCACGACAGCAGCUCCAGAUUUGAAGUGGAGGUUUUGGACUGUGACACUGUAGAACAAGUAAAGGAGAAGAUUUUUGAGACUUUCUACAAUAAAUAUGGUUACUCCCAAAGGUGGCAAAUGGAAGAUAUUGACCUGGAGGUUAUUAAGAAGGGAGAACAUCAAAGACUACAAGACAUUGAUCAGACAUCACAGGAGCUUGAAGGUGGAAAGAAGAAGUUAAACACAAUGGGCCAUUAUCAUAUUCCAAAUGAAGCAUCUUUAGUUGUGAUUAGAAAAAGAGAAAAAGACUCAAAGCCAGUUAUUCCGAAUAGUGAGUGGGCAGACAAUCUUUGUCACUUGAUCUCACCACAGUCAGCAUCUGUACCAGAACCGGGCAAAAAAAAGUUCAAAGUCAAAGAGAUGUAUCUAACAAAGCUGGUGUCCUCCAAGGUUGCACUUCAGUCUUUUGUUGAGAACCUAUUUAGAAGCAUCUGGAGCUUGCACAAUGGCAAGCCACCUAUUGCCGUUCGGCACAUCUUUGACAUAUUGCAAGAACAGGCCAACAACAAGAAGAUAACCGAUCCUGAUGUAUUGCAUAUCUGGAAGACUAAUAGUCUUCCUCUCCGUUUUUGGAUAAACGUUAUAAAAAACCCCCAGUUCGUGUUUGACAUUGAGAAAACGUCGCACUUGGAUGGCUGCCUCUCUGUCAUCGCCCAGACUUUCAUGGACUCAUUCUCUCUAUCAUCACAACAACUCGGGAAGCACUCUCCAACGAAUAAAGUGCUUUAUGCCAGAGACGUUCCUCAUUACAAGGAGGAAGUGAAAGGUUAUUACAGAUAUAUUGCGGACCUAGGCUCAGUGAGCGAAGAGGAGUUGGAGAAUUUUCUCACCGAGGAAUCCCAGAAACAUCAGAAUGAAUUUAAAGAAAAGGAUGCCAUGAUUGAACUUGGGAAAUACAUCCAAAAAUAUUCUGUUCAGCUGGAGAGUGGACCGGAGGGCGAGGACCUAACCGACAUGAGGGACGCCAUCGUGCAGAUCCGUAAAUACUACGACCAGAAGUCGACCUGCUCGUGGGAGUGAGCGCGCUCCCGGCGGCGGCCUGUGGCCCGUGUGCGCUCCCCAUUCCACGCCCACAACGCCAGUCAGCCCAGGCUGGUCAACGGUGGCACAGCACCCCCAACGCUGAGCCACCAGCUGAUGGACCUGCCAUCCUUUGAAUGAAGCUUUAGAACCAUGGAUCUACAAAUGCUGGUUUAUACCAAAGAUAUGCAUAGAGUGCUGGAGUAACUCAGUGGGUCAGGCAACAUCUCUGAAGAAAAGGAAUACCAGUGAACCAGGGAACUACUGAGGGAAUGAUCUCAGCGGAAAGGGGUGGAGAUGGAAAGAUGUGACUUCUAGUGGGAUCCCAUUGGAGGUGAAGAUAAUGUUGGUGGAUGAUAUAUUGCACCUCUCCUUACAGUCUGAAGAAGGGCUCCAACCCAAAAAGUUACCUAUUUUUCUCUAGCGAUGCUGCCUGACCUGCUGAGUUACUCCAGCAUUUUGUGUUUACCCCUUGAAGUUUUGUGCAUUUUGCUAUUUUUGUCUGUUAUGUUUAGGCCUAUUCAACCUGAGAAGUCAAGGUAAUUAUUUCACAACAGUUGAAGCCUCAAAUAAACUUUAAAUCCCAAAUGUAAACAGAAAAUCCUGGGGUAUAUUCAUUAGGUGAGGCAGCAGCUGUGGGAAAGAAAAACAAAGUUAACGUUUGGCACACUAAAAUCAAUGGGCAGGUUUUAAUUUAGUCUUGGCGAGCUCAGCUGGUCAACUUCUUCCAGCAUUCUGUUUUUGUUCUGGAUUAUUGCAUCUGCAAUCUCUUUACUCUUUCGAAACAAGUCUGUUGUGUCUGAGAAUUAUAUAUGCGUUUUGCACAAAUGUUCAUUAUGUAAAAUAAAUGAUACCGACAAUGUUUACAAAGCAGGUGGUCUAUCUUGUCAUAGAGUGAUAGAGUGAUAGUGUGGAAAUAGGCCCUUCGGCCCAACUUCCCCUCACCAGAUAACAAUGUCCCAGCUACACUAGUCCCACUUGCCUGCGCUUGGUCCAUAUCCCUCCAAACCUGUCCUAUCCAUGUCACCUCCAGCAUUCUCUCUCGCCUUACCUUGUAAAUCGAUGUCACUACUUACAUGUCUCACAAACAGAGCAUUAACAUUACUGGAAAUACUUUCUAAUUGACUGUCAUGGGGCAUAGUGGAUGUGUACAAUGGUGACACAAAGUACAAGGGCAGUGUUCAUUUGCCAUUGUAGCAUCCAUCUCUAUGUUGUCCUUCGUUUUAACAAAUACUGCAUUUGCUGAGAUUGUUCAUUUUGUUUGCACUAAAAUAAAGACUUUUCUACUUUUUA